AUGGACGCCCAACAGACGGGCCCCACACACGGCACCUUGCCCCCACCCUUGACUGGGCCCCGUGUAACCGAGACGUCACAGCGCCAUGCUUGCGAUCACGGCUUACCCAGCCCAGACCGACUGCCUCUGCCCAUCUCGACGCAGGACGCCCGCUUUGCGCGAAAGGUUGGGACAAUGGAUAUCAUAGAAGACUAUGGCAGCACCAUUCGGACCACUCCGCUGGCCACGCGUAGUCUACAGUCCCUGCCCACGGGUCACUCCAGUUCCACCUGGCACCCCCGUGCAGCCAGUGCCAGCCUACAUAGCCAUUCUCAGCAACAGCAUCACUCACCUCCAACCACAGCAAGCGCUUACAGUGAGCCCACGUUCCUCAAACUCUCGCCACUCAUGCCCCUGGGCACCUCGGCACCUCCCUUCAUCUCUGGGAGCAGCGACACUGCAUCGUCGGGAAGCUCUCGUCACAUCAUGCGUCGUAGCUCCUCCGCGUCUUUGGGUGGCCUCAAUGGUCUUAUGGGCGGCCUGGCCGUCACUCAUCACAGCGAGAGCACCGGUGAUCUACGCGCCCCUUCCCCCACCAAUCCCAUGCGUCUUCAGCGCGCAGCCAGCGGCACCAUCUCUGCUCCGGCUCGCCGCACCAGCUGGGUGCGCCAAGCUGGCGCCUCCCCCGACUGCCUGGAAGAGCUCUUCGCCGCGGCCAGUCACAACAAACCGGCCCCUCCCCACAGCACAGGGUCCACAUCCCCUCAGGCCGCUCGCAAUUUAACGCGCCACGCCUCUCUUCUGAACAUGUCCCGUCCCUCCCUCUACUCCCCUCUCAUGCAGCCACGCAGCACCGAGGACCUCUACGGCGGCAACACCGGCGCGCGCAACCUCGAUCUGCUCAGUGGCUCCACGGGGCCCGCCCCGCCUUUGCAUGCCCGAGGCAAGCGACGCAGCUCACUAUCCCUAUCCGGUGCCCUCGGCGUUGCCCAGGCCAACGGGUACGGAAGCGAGCAGUUUGCCUCUAAUCAUAGCACCCCUCACCCCGACGGCUACAGCACCUUUGGCGCUGCUUUUGAGCUUCCCAAUCUGGACAAUUUUACAUACGACCAAAGCAGCAGCAUUGGAGCCGGGGCGGCGGGGUCCACCUCUGGAGCUAGCACACACAGCCCCCGCCGCCAACAGUCAUCAUCCAGCAUGAACAUGAGCCCCGUGCAGCCCCGCAUGCAAGAUCCCCAUUCAGUUUCUCCACCACCCGCCCACGUGGCUGUAGCGCCCUCCAUGAUUUCGCCCUUUGACCAGCCACCCUCGCCCCCUUCAGCCGCGUCCAGCACCCUGGGCUCUCGCCGUGGUUCCCUCGUAACCAUGGCCGUUCCUCGCCGCCGUGCAUCGUUGGACAGCGUCCCGGAAUUUGGCUAUGGGGCGCCCUCGCCCCCAGAUAACAUGGGUGACAUCCUGGAAAUUGCUGAAGAACUCGAGGGGCGAACGAGCCAGCGCAAGCGCCACCGGCCCAGCCAAGACUUGACAGAGCUGAUGGCUCACGCCAACCUGCAGUCGACACUGAAUGAAUUGGCCGACGACGGCGCCGCCAUGAGUCUGCUUGAAGCGCACGCCCAGGACCUGGAUGCGUGCUUGGCCGCCAACCUGCCUGACUCGCAGCCUGCACCAGAUUACCUUCUGACACGCACCCACAGCGUGACCAUGGACGCCGCGCUGUCCGGACAUCCUAUGGCAGCCAGUCAGCAUCAUUCACAGCACCAACAUCCAACUCAAACCGAUCACAAGGGCUAUGACCCACUUUUUGCGUUUGGCGACAUGGACGACUUUUUGGACAUGAUCGAUACGCACGUCUAG